AACCAACAGUUUCCGCGUGGACUUGGUCGUAACGGGUCUUUCGCGUCUCGACGCGGCUAGCAGGUUCGCGUUGCGAGUGUUCCAUUCUGUGUCACGAGGAAAAUGCGGUCACCCAGUGUCCCCGUGUGCUUUGUUUACGUUCUACUGAGUGCUCUGGUUUUAUCUACGAGAAGUUCAGCAGCCUCUUCAUCGGACUCCAACUCCACGAAAGUGGUAGUAGAAGAAGAAGAUGAGGACUCGUUACCGGAGAUAACACUAGACGAAUUCAAAGAAAGAUACAGGCGACUGAUACCAUACAUGACCUUCUACGUAGCCAACAAUUAUAUUAAUGGACAAACUGUAAUGCAAUCGCCGGAUUCCUCGUCGAAAGACUUCCAAACGAAUCAAUUAGUUCGAAACAAUCAACCAUACGUCCGAAUAAAUAAUCUACCAAAGGAAGGUGCCAACUAUCGCGUGAACCAAGAAAAGAAAUUCAUCCCUUCCGUGCAAUUUGAUCCCCGCGACGUGGGCGGCGACAACGACUACUUCACCCCCGUGAAAUACACGUCUAAAUACGCUUACGAGGAUUAUUCUAUACCCCAUCAUCUGUAUCAAGAUCAAAAGGCAUCCUACCCAGAAAUAACAACGGCAUCCAGCCAGAUCGCACGAAAGGAGAACAGGUACUACGCAAACGUGAGACCAUUACGACCUUACACGACAAAUGGCAGAGAUCACUUGCCGAGGAAACAACCAGCUAAACCGAUCCACGCUAACGUUCAAGACGAGUACGUGCUAGAUUAUAAUGUCAGGCCAACUGGUAAUCCCGCCAUUAAUUACCCGGUUAAAGACAUCCAAGGACAUCGACACGUCCCACCCACCUACCCCGAUGUACAAACACUGGAACCAUUACCAGAGGAGAAACAACCCCCGGUGUUAUCUCAACCGCGAAAUCCGAACGUGAAUCUGCAGCAGAUUGUAGAGAGCUUUCUGCUGAGCGAAAGAUUACCAGAGAUGUUGAAUAAGGACAACCUGGACAACAGUCUGAGGACUUUAGUCGAGAUACUAAAUAUUCUUCAUAAUACAAAGAAAGAGGAGCUGCCUCAGAUUCAGGCACCGCCUUUGAUACCUCCUCCAAGAUUGCCACAGAAGGUACAUAAUUAUAAGCCACGACCUCAAACGAGGCCUAAAGUGAUAACUGAGAGUAGGUUCCAGGCGACACCGAAUCCUCUCUACCUAACUGAUGAUCCUGAUCGUUAUAAAGCCACCAAGUUAUCGUACGAAGAGGAAGAGAAGCCUAAACAUUCUCAACAGAAUUAUAAUACCAAUGGUUUGAUUAAUAAUAAAGUGGUGGAGUAUUAUAUUCCAGUGGUUCAGGAGAUUCCAAGUAAAGAAAAGGAGAUGUUUGUGUCAACAAUUAGGCCUCAGACUGAUGGAGGUCCUAUUGAUCAUUCUUAUGCUAUCACAGAGGAUCUCAGUGAUGAUGUUAUGCAGGAGGAGAGAUUCACUUUGCCAUCAGUUGUUACUGAUAGUCCAAGUUAUGGUUACACACAGCCUAAUGAAAUUCCGACCUCGCAGAAAACUAGCCCGCAGAUAAAAUAUGGGGCUACCAGAGGGAAGGCUAAUGUCGAUUAUCCGGCAUAUUCUAAUAUACCGGUUACGAGUUUCAGUUGCAAACAGCAGAGGUAUAAGGGAUUCUUCGGUGAUCCAGAAACUGGAUGCCAGGUAUGGCACUACUGCGACCUCAACGGUGGUAAAUCAUCAUUUUUAUGCCCGAAUGGCACCAUAUUCAGUCAGGUAGCAUUAACCUGCGACUGGUGGUUCAACGUAAAAUGCGAAACAACGACUCAAUUAUACGUACUGAACGAACGACUGUAUAAAUAUAUUCUACCGGUAAUGCCAAAGUUCCCGGAAGACUUCACCGGGCCGGAAGUCGAUCGUUACUUGGAGCUCAAGUUCAAAGAGAUGGAAGCAAAAUUAAAGGAGAAGAAAUUGAAGAAGCAGCAAGAAGAGAAAGAAAAGCAAAAAGAUAAAUCGCAAACCUCGAAAGAGAAUGAAUAAUUGAUUUAUCUAGGGUGUAGUUAAAUUAUUGUACAAUUGUUGCCAUUAUUUGUUAUAUAAAUAGCAACAAACUUAUUGUAGGGUGUGCUUACUGCAUCAGUAUAUGUAGAGUAACUUUAUGAAACUCAAAAAUGUGCAAUAUUUUUAUAUUAUAGGUUUGAGUGUGAUUUUUUAUAUUUAAUACGAUAUAAGGAUAAUUUGACGUAAUUUGUUUAUAAGUUAAAAGAAAAAAUCAAAUUGUAUCACUGAGAUAUUAUGCAAGUGUGACACUGACUUUAAUUAUUCCAACACGCAUAGAACAGUUAGAAAUGCCAGAAUCAAGCAAGUAUAAAAUAACUGAUAAUUAUCAGUAAGUAUUUUGUUUACCUCUAGUCAUAUUUGUACUGUUUACUUAUUUAUAUCCAAAUGUUGUAUUCAUGCAUAUAUUGUAAAGGACACUAAUGGUCAUCUUUAAGCAUAUCACAUAUACAAUAUAAUAUCAUUGAUAAAGUCAAACUUGAAAAUAAAUUAAUUAAAAAUUUUCUAAUCUAAAACAAAAUGAUUUAUAAUCGUUUGAACUAUGU